CAAAGUUGGUCACAAGCAGUCGUAGAAAAGAAUUCAACGAGUGAAGGAUGCAGAAAUCUGAGAAAAAUGGCACGAAUGUGGAUGAAAAAAACAUGAAGCUUAUUGAAGAAACUUCUAAGGAGUGGUGGGAUCCAUAUGGAAUUCAAAUCGGUUUACAUGCUAUGAAUCCAUUGCGAAUAGGAUUUAUUCGUGAUGGUCUAAUCAGCACAGGAAUGAUUAAAGCUGAGGAUAGAAAUAAAACGGAUGUCUUGAAAGGAAUUAAAAUAUUAGAUGUUGGAUGUGGAGCUGGAGUUUUAACAGAAGGACUAGGAAAACUAAAGGCUCAUGUCAUUGGGAUAGAUCCAUCAGAAGAACUUUUAAAUGUAGCUAAAGAUCACAUCAAAGGACAAUCAAUGAAUGUAAAAUACAUUAUGGAGUACAUUGAAGAACAUUCAAUUAAUAAUUCUGAUAAAUACGAUGCAGUUGUUGCUAGUGAAGUUGUUGAGCAUGUACCAGACCCAAAAGCUCUUAUUCUUGAAAUGGUAAAAUGUGUAAAACCAAACGGAAGCAUAUUCAUCACAACACCAAACAGAACUUAUAUUUCAUGGAUAACAACAAUCAUAGCAGAGCAACUUAAAUUUCUUCAAAAAGACUCUCAUGAUUGGAAUCAAUUUGUUACACAUUCAGAAGUUGAAGAUAUAUUGAAGGAAAAGAAUUGCAAAACUGUCUCAGUUCGUGGAACUAUUUAUUAUCCGUUCUUUAACAAAUUCACUUUUUUCCCGUAUAAUGGUAUGCAUUAUUUUCUACAUGCUGUUAAACAAGACAGUAAAAAACAAAAAUAGAUGCAAAACACUGUCAAACAGAAAAUCUAGUUAUGCAAAAGAGAAGGUGUGUAGAAGAUUAAUCGAAUCGAUCAAUAUUUAUUUCUUUUUUGGGUGGGUUUCGAGUAAGGAUAAGGGUUUAUGUAGAUCGUCAUUUAUAAUUAACAGUUGCAU